AGCUUAAAAUUGGAGGGGAGUAGAAAAUAAAGAAGCUUCAAGAAAAAUGGUGGAAGGGACUAUGUCUCUUGAUGCUGUUAUAAAGGAAGCUGUUGAUUUGGAGAACAUUCCUAUUGAGGAGGUAUUUGAUAAUCUAAAAUGCACAAAAGAAGGUUUAACCUCUGAGGAAGUACAAGAGAGGCUUGACAUGUUUGGAUACAAUAAACUUGAAGAAAAAAAGGAAAGUAAAGUACUAAAGUUUUUAGGGUUUAUGUGGAAUCCUUUGUCAUGGGUUAUGGAAGCUGCUGCUCUCAUGGCCAUUGCUAUGGCACAUGGAGGGGGAAAACGAGGAGAUUAUCAAGAUUUUGUUGGCAUAAUUAUUUUGCUAAUUAUAAACUCAACCAUAAGUUUCAUAGAAGAAAAUAAUGCUGGUAAUGCAGCUGCUGCCCUUAUGGCAAGAUUGGCUCCAAAAGCAAAGGUACUUCGUGACGGAAAAUGGAGCGAGGAAGAUGCUUCGGUAUUGGUCCCUGGAGACAUAGUUAGUAUCAAACUAGGUGACAUCGUUCCUGCCGAUGCACGUCUCCUUGAAGGCGAUCCUUUGAAGAUUGAUCAGUCUGCUCUUACCGGAGAGUCACUUCCUGUGACAAAACAUCCCGGAGAAGGAGUUUAUUCUGGUUCAACUUGCAAGCAAGGAGAAAUUGAGGCCGUAGUCAUAGCAACUGGAGUUCACACAUUUUUCGGAAAGGCGGCUCAUCUCGUCGAAAACACAACACAUGUUGGACACUUCCAAAAGGUUUUGACAUCUAUUGGGAAUUUCUGUAUCUGUUCAAUUGCUAUUGGAAUGAUUAUUGAAAUCAUUGUGAUAUACGGCGUCCACGGAUACGGAUACAGAAACGGUAUUGAUAACCUUCUAGUGCUACUAAUUGGUGGGAUCCCUAUUGCAAUGCCAACUGUUCUUUCAGUUACAAUGGCUAUUGGUUCACAUAAGUUGUCUCAGCAGGGUGCCAUAACAAAGAGAAUGACUGCUAUUGAAGAAAUGGCUGGAAUGGAUGUGUUAUGUAGUGACAAAACAGGCACAUUAACUCUUAACAAGCUUACAGUAGACAGGGAAAUGAUUGAGGUUUUUGCCAAAGGUGUUGACAAGGAAUCGGUUGUACUUAUGGCUGCAAGAGCAUCAAGGAUGGAGAACCAAGAUGCAAUUGAUUGUGCAAUCGUUUCAAUGUUGGCAGACCCAAAGGAGGCACGAGCCGGAAUAAAAGAAGUUCAUUUCCUUCCAUUUAAUCCAACUGAUAAAAGAACUGCACUUACAUACAUUGAUGGUGCUGGUAAUAUGCACAGGGUUAGCAAAGGUGCACCAGAGCAGAUUCUCAAUCUUGCACAAAACAAGGCAGAAAUUGGACGGAAGGUUCAUGCGAUGAUUGACAAGUUUGCAGAACGCGGACUCCGUUCUCUUGGGAUUGCAAGACAGGAAGUACCUGAGGGUACUAAGGAAAGUGCAGGAGGACCAUGGGAGUUUGUUGCUCUUCUCCCUCUUUUUGACCCUCCUCGUCAUGAUAGUGCAGAAACAAUCAGAAGAGCUCUUGAUCUUGGCGUUAGUGUCAAAAUGAUCACUGGCGAUCAACUCGCAAUAGGAAAGGAAACGGGAAGGCGGCUAGGGAUGGGGACAAACAUGUAUCCUUCUUCAUCACUGCUCGGUGAAAAUAAAGAUCAACUAGGUGCUGUUUCCAUUGACGAUCUCAUUGAGAAAGCUGACGGUUUUGCUGGUGUCUUUCCUGAGCACAAGUAUGAGAUUGUGAAGAGGUUACAAGCUAGAAAGCACAUUUGUGGGAUGACUGGUGAUGGAGUGAAUGAUGCACCUGCCUUAAAGAUAGCUGACAUAGGUAUUGCAGUAGCAGAUUCUACAGACGCUGCGCGAAGCGCUUCUGACAUAGUGCUGACAGAACCUGGUUUGAGUGUCAUCAUAAGCGCAGUUUUAACUAGCCGCGCAAUUUUUCAGAGGAUGAAGAACUACACAAUAUAUGCAGUAUCUAUCACUAUUCGUAUUGUGCUUGGUUUCAUGUUGCUUAACAGCUUUUGGAGUUUUGAUUUUCCACCCUUUAUGGUUCUUAUCAUUGCCAUUCUCAAUGAUGGUACCAUCAUGACAAUAUCUAAAGAUAGGGUUAAGCCUUCUCCACUUCCUGAUAGUUGGAAGCUUAGUGAAAUUUUCGCAACUGGGGUUAUUCUCGGAACCUAUCUGGCUCUAAUGACAGUGAUCUUCUUCUAUAUAGUUUUUGAAACAAAUUUCUUUCCGGUGAGGAAAUUCCUUCCACUCUUAACUAUUUUUGUCUUUUUCCCCCCUCUUCAUGCAAUGAAUGAUAGAAAUUUUUCGGUGCAGGACCACUUUGGUGUGAAACACUUCCGCCCCGAUCUACAUGGUCCUGUCACUGAUGAAAUGAAAGCGAUGUUGGCUUCUGCUGUUUAUCUUCAAGUCAGUACAAUUAGUCAAGCCUUAAUCUUUGUGACACGGGCCAGGGGAUGGUCCUAUACAGAAAGACCUGGUCUUUUGCUUGUUUUUGCUUUUGUUAUUGCUCAGCUGGUUGCAACUGUUAUAUCAGCACAGGCCAAUUGGGAAAUUGCUGGAAUCAAAAGCAUAGGAUGGGGCUGGGCAGGAGUCAUUUGGUUGUUUAAUACUGUAACCUAUGUUUUUCUUGAUCCUUUAAAGUUUGCUGUUGCUUAUCAACAAAGCGGAAGGGCUUGGAAUUUGGUCGUAAACCAAAGAACUGCAUUUACCAACAAAAAUGAUUUUGGUAAAGAAUCUCGUGAGGCUGCAUGGGCUGCUGAGCAGAGAACCUUGCACGGUCUUCGCUCUGUUGAGCUGAAAGGCUUUGCAGAGAAACACAACCACAGAGAAAUAAAUACAAUGGCCGACGAGGCUAAGAGGCGAGCAGAAUUAGCAAGGUUGAGAGAGCUUCACACUCUGAAAGGAAGAGUGGAAUCGUUUGCAAAGCUACGGGGUUUGGACAUUGAUACCAUGAAUGGUCACUACACUGUCUAAGACAUAAUGUUAUUAUCUGUCAGCACUCUGUCAUGUGACACUUCUUUAUAUUUAUUUGUAUUAUGUUUGUUUUUCGUUUCAUAUUAUAGGCUAUACUUCAAUAAUGUAUUUGUUGGUUACAUUUAUUUCUGCUUUUCACACAACAUCGGUUAUUUUUUGUU